AUGUCGUACACCGUCCGCAAGAUCGGCCAGGCCAACACCCUGGAGCACCGUGUCUACAUCGAGAAGGAUGGCCAGCCCGUCUCCCCCUUCCACGAUAUCCCCCUCUAUGCCAACGAGCAGAAGACCAUCCUCAACAUGGUCGUUGAGAUCCCCCGCUGGACCAACGCCAAGCAGGAGAUCUCCAAGGAGGAGUUCCUCAACCCCAUCAAGCAGGAUGUGAAGAAGGGCAAGCUCCGUUACGUCCGCAACUGCUUCCCCCACAAGGGUUACCUCUGGAACUACGGUGCCUUCCCCCAGACCUGGGAAGACCCCAACUCCAUCCACCCCGAGACCAAGGCCAAGGGUGACAACGACCCGCUCGACGUUUGCGAGAUCGGUGAGCUCGUUGGCUACCCCGGUCAGGUCAAGCAGGUCAAGGUCCUCGGUGUGAUGGCUCUCCUCGAUGAGGAGGAGACCGACUGGAAGGUCAUUGUCAUCGACAUCAACGACCCCCUGGCUCCUAAGCUUAACGACGUUGAGGACGUUGAGCGCCACCUCCCUGGUCUCCUCCGUGCCACCAACGAGUGGUUCCGUAUCUACAAGAUCCCCGACGGAAAGCCCGAGAACCAGUUCGCCUUCUCCGGCGAGUGCAAGAACAAGAACCUCAGGUACGCUUUCGACGUCAUCCGCGAGUGCGCCGAUGCCUGGGAGAAGCUCAUCUCCGGCAAGUCCCCUCGUGGCGAGAUCAGCAUUGCCACCUCCGUCGCCGAGGGUGUCGAGCGUGCUGACGCCGGUAAGAUCGCCGCCCUUCCUAAGGGCGAGAACCUUCCUCCUGCCCCUAUUGACGGCAGUGUCGACAAGUGGUUCUUCAUCUCUGGAGCUGCUGUGUAA